AUGGGCGAGACGAACAAGACGGUCGUCACCAGACGUGUUCCCACGCCCACCUCGGACGUACCAGGGGUCUUUUGGCUUACGUCGAGCCGAUCGUGGGCAGCCUCAUGGGUCGAGAAGGGCGACAAGAAGCGGAAACAACGGAUCUUCAGCGCUAGUAACCAUGGCUUCGACAAGGCCAAGGUGCGCGUGGCGCCGUCUAUCACCCCAAUCUCUCCAUCUCUGUAGAUGUCUCUCGUGUGUGUGUGUGUGUGUGUGUGUUGUGCAGGCGUUGGCCGAGCAGCACCGUCGUGAAAUGGAGCGAACCGGACGGGCGGUGGUGAGAAAGCGAUUGGACUCGGAGUACCAGAGCCAGCACCAGAGCGGCAUCAGAGGCGUCAACUAUUGCAAACGGCCCAGGUCCAAGGUCUGGGUGUCUCGCUGGAAAGAGUGCGGCAAAGAGAAGAUCAAAUACUUCUCUGUGCGGCAGCUGGGUAUGGAGGGCGCCAAGAAGGCCGCCAUCGCACACAGGCGGGAGAUGGAGCGACAGCAUUACACAUUCAAAGACAGGGGACAGGCCGGUAGGCGACAAAGGGCUGGUGACGGUAUCUCUAUGUCUGUCUCUAUGUCUGUCUCUCUGCAAUGCUCUGGCUGCGUCAUCCACAGUACCACCAGCCGACCUCAAUUUUUCUCUUUACGCUGUGUUGAUGGCGAAGGCCAUGACGGCUCCUCAGACCACCGGCCCCCUCCCAACCACCAGCACGACUCAGACGGCUGCAGCUUCGCCGCUGAGUGACACAUUUGGCCUGGGGGUCUGACUCACCGGUGUGGCCAGUGAGAGAGGGAAGAGCAGCCGGAGGGCGGGAGGGAGGAAGGGACACUUCCAUGCGCCAGACAGCUGAAGGCAGCCAGGUGAGUACGACAAAGUGUAUAAUGGAUACACUGACGUGACCACCACAGCGAUCCAAUGUUGUCGAGUAGGAAAAGGGGACAGCCCGAUAGGUUCGUGAUGCGUGCUGCGUGCCUUCACAAUGAGUUGAGGGAGAAAUGAAAACUUGACGAAUGCAAUUCAAUGCACGUGU